AUGAGAAAAAAUACGUGUACAACCUUCGCAACAUCGUAUUGGCGUUUUUCAGGUAAUCCAGAACGUGGAUACACAGCAAACAAUCGAGUGUAUCCCCAGUUUUAUCAUGAUGAAGAGAUCACUGUAAUGGACUGUCACGAGAGACUAUCGGGGUACCAAUAUAUUCUAGUUUCCAAUAUAGAAGAUAUUCUACUUCCUCGACAGCAUUUAACUGUUAAAGAUCUUCUUAAGAAUUUAUCUGAAUCGCACCCACAGGCUGGUGGGUUCUAUUUCCAAGUCCAAUAUCAUGUAGAAGAAUGGGGAAAUGAUCUUGAAGUUCCUGACAGUUAUUUUCAGCAAUAUCUGAAAUCAACGAAACCAACAUCACAAUUUUUGAAAUAUAUUUAUAUACCUAGUAGAUCUCAGUCACCACCUGAUGACAGAUUCAAAAAUAUUUCACCUUUCCAUGAGCAGUAUGUAGAACCAUCACUAGCUACCAUACAUCACUAUGGAAAGUGCCCAGAAGGUUUGAAAGAUUGUUUUCCAGAAACAAUGGCGGACAAAACAGUGACUAAAUAUCAAAAAAUGUUGUUAAACAAUACUCGGACAGUUUUAUAA